AGAGCCGCGUUUGCGGAGCACAAGUAGUUUAAUGUACGGUGUUGACCUCCAGGACUACGAGAAGACAUUGGGACCCACAGCAAUUGUCAGGAAAAAUAUUAUAAAUUCAACAUGGCACCUCUUUUAGAUUGGAAGAAGCUGAUGAAAGUUGAUCCAGAUGCUCUUCCUCAUCAAGAGGAGCUAGCAGAUAGAUUGCUGGAGACUGUGUCCAAGGUUGACGGAAAAGACUUAAAAAAUGAAGCUGCUGAACAAUUGGUACAUCUUUUCAAAAUUGCUCAGUCACUAAUGAAGAUGAAAGCUCAAGAGGUCGAGCUGGCAUUAGAAGAAGUUGAAAAAGCUGGAGAAGAGCAAGCCAAAUGUGAAAAUCAAUUUAAAACAAAGGUGAUGAAACUUGAAAAUGAAUUAGAGAUGGCACUAAGAUCUGCUGGUGGUCGUGAUACUCGUUUUUUGCGUGAUGAGAUCCAUCAACUGGAAAAACAAUUGGGACAAAAAGAGAGAGAGUUAACAGAUAUGGAAAAAGAAUUGGAAAAAGAGAAGAAAGUUAAUGAACAGCUUGCUCUUCGAACUGAAGAUGCAGAAAAUGAAAACAUCAAAUUAAGGAGAGAGAAUGAACAGUUGCGUCAGGAUGUAAUUGACUAUCAGAGGCAAAUAGAUUCUCAAAAGGAAACAAUUUUGUCAAGACGAGAUGAUUCUGAUUACAGAUCACAGUUGUCCAAAAAGAACUUCGAGCUUGUCCAAUAUUUGGAUGAGAUUCAGAACUUAACUGAAACUAAUGAGAAGCUAGAUGUUCAAAACCAGGAAAUGAGAAAGAAUCUUGAGGAAUCAGUACAAGAAAUGGAGAAGAUGACUGAUGAAUAUAACAAAAUGAAACUGAUUGUGCAACAAUCUGAUAUUCUUAUGGAUCAGUUAAGAAAGGAGAAAGAACAAUAUAAAUUUCAAGUUCAAGAACUUUCAGACCAGCUGAAGGCAAAGAAUGAAGAAGAUGAUCCGCUCAUGGCAGCAGUAAAUGCAAAAGUUGAAGAAUGGAAGAAAAUAUUGACUUCAAAAGAUGAUGAACUCUUCGAGUAUCAGCAAAUGUUGUUUAACUUAAAAGAAAAAGUGAAAAUGGCCGAACUAGAUGUCGACAGAAACAAUGUUAUGGCCCUUCAGCAGGGUAUGAAAGAGCGAGAUGCUCAGAUAAGAUUGCUUACUGAGCAAAUUGAGCAAUACACCAAAGAAAUGGAAAAAAAUGCAUUGAUUAUUGAGGAAUUGAAAAAUGAACUACAGAAAGAUAAAGGUCCCUCAUCUCUUGCUCAGCAGAACCGUAUUGGAGAAAUGCAAGAAAAGUUAAAACUUCUAGAAGAGAGAGCUAAGGAGGCUGAGAAAUCAGCAGAAUUAGCAGAAGCAGAUGCCAGAGAAAAAGACAAAGAACUCAUUGAAGCUCUGAAACGAAUGAGAGACUAUGAAAUGGGAAUAUAUGGUUUGGAAGAAGCUGUUGCUGAAAUAAAAGAUUUGAAAAAGCAAACCAAAAUAAGAGAUCAUGAGAUUGAGAUACUAAUUAAGGAAGUCAAUAAGCUUGAACUUAAAGUAAAUGAUUUUCUUGAUGAAAAUGAAGAACUGAGAGAACGUUUAGGUCUUGAGCCCAAGACAAUGAUUGAUUUAAAUGAAUUGAGAAACAGCAAAACUCUAAAACAGCAACAGUUUAGAGCUGAAAACCAAAUUCUUUUGAAAGAGAUUGAAAGACUGGAAGAGGAGCGAAUUGAACUGAAAAAACAGAUUCGUAGUUUGGCCCAAGAGAAAGGAAAAAUAGCUGCAACAUCAGGCUUGGAUGCUGGAGAUACACAGAUUAAUGACACCUGUGCUGAGGAAAGGUGGACAAAUAAAAGGAAGAUGGAUUUCUUAAACACAGAUAAUCUUGCUGAAAUAAAAGCAAAGGCUAGCAGGUCAUAUGACAUGGAAAGGAAAAACACAUUUACAGAUAGAGGAGCAACAGUUAGCCUUUUGAAGUCAGAGAAGGAUGUAUCAGAAAACAGUAAGGCUUUGGGACAUCUAUCUGUAAGAAUUUCUGGAACACUUCAGAAUUCUGAUGAUUUGGAAGAAAUUAGGAAUACAUCUUUAUUUCGUUUAGGUUCAGAAAGUGUGACAGAGUUGCAACCAGUAAAUGACAACAGUGAUUCUGAAGCUCUUAGUAUAAGAGAGAUUUUUAUAUCACCAGAACUACAAUUCAUUCAGGCACCAGGAAUAAAAGAUUCUACGUUCAAUAGAGAGACAUCAAAAAAUGUAAAAUCCGAGUAUACAGGUACAUUUUCUGCUUCUCAGAGAGCAGGGCAGACCUCAGAGACAAAAAAUCAAAAAUAUGGAAACACAGCAUCUUUUCAGAAUUGGAUAUCCAUAACUUCUAACUCGGACCAAACAAGUCCAGGAGAUGUUUUUGUAGGGAUAUCUCUUAACCAAAAGUCCGGCCUUUUUUGUGAAUCAGUUCUUGCAAAGCCAGAAAUACAAUAUAAAUCACAAAUAAUGAUGUGGAAGGAUUGUUCUCAAGUAAAGCUUUCUGAUUUCCAAAUUGACUUUCAAGAAGACAGAGGAGGAGAGAAAUGGCUAACAGAAUUAUUGCAUGUAAAGACUAUGGAAAAUGGACUUGAAACUGCACAGUCAGAACACUUGGGUCAGGUAGAUCCUGUUGAGAACCUCAUAGAGCAAUUGAAGAGAGAAUUAGCCUUUCUUAGAUCACAGAAUGAGCAGAUAUCCAAAGAUUUGUUGGCCAAGAAUAUACUGAAUAGAUACACAGAAUUAAAGCUUGAAAGAUGCAGAACCCAAGCAGUGCAGAAUGAGUAUCUUACAAGUGAGUUAAGUGAGAGAGAGAGAGAUUUGGAAAAAAACAGAACCAUGAUUGUCAAAUUUCAAUCUAAAUUAAAAGAAUUAUCAGAAGAGAAUAAACAGCUUGAACAAGGAAUGAAGGAAAUAUUACAAGCUCUCAAGGAAAUACAGAAGGAUCCCAGUAUGAAGGGAGGAGAAACAGCCUUAAUUAUCCCAAGUUUGGAUCGUUUGGUUAAUGUAAUUGAGUCAAAGAAUGCAGAAGGAGUCUUUGAUGUUAGCGUGCACUUGAAAGCUCAGGUUGACCAGCUUACAGGACGAAAUGAAGAAUUAAGGCAGGAACUGAAACAGACACGGAAGGAGGCAACAGAUUUCUCCAAUCAGUUAGCAAAUGCAAAUGAAAAGAUUACACAACUUAAAAAUGAAAUUUGUUUAUUACAUCAAUCAGAAGGUGCCAACGUUGUCUUCAAAACAGUUAAUCUUCCAGAAGGAAUGGCUUCUUCAAGUGUUAGUAUCAUUAAUUCUCUGAAUGAAUAUUUAAUACAUCUCCUACAGGAAUUAGAAAGUAAAGAAGUGUUACUUAAACAAUUUGAAGAAACAGUAGAGGACUAUAAACGAAAAUUUGCAGUAAUUCGUCAUCAGCAAGGCUUGCUGUAUAAAGAAUAUCACAGUGAAAAGGAAAACUGGCAUAAAGCAUCUGAAGAAAUGAAAGCGGAAAAGAAAAAGUUAGAAGAACAAAAAGAACAGGAUGCUACAAAAAUAAAGGAGUAUUCUAAUUUGCUCAAUGCUCUUCAGAUGGAUCCCAAUGAAACAAAAAAAUUACUUGCAGAAAAUUAUAGAAAAAUAACUGUCUUACGAGUUAAUGAAAGGUCAUUAACAAGGCAAUGUACCACUUUACUUGAAAUGGAACAACAUCUUAGAAAAGAAAAUGAGAAACUAAAAGGUGAAAUAACAGAUAUAGAGAGCACAAUUGCAGGGAAAAUUGGACACUUGCAACGGUUCAAGGAAAUGGCUAGCUUUAAGAUUGCAGCUCUGCAAAAAGUAUUAGAUGGUUGUGUGCCGCUCUCUGAGCUCGAAGUGGCUAAUAAGCAGUAUAACGCGCUAACGGCAAAGUACAGAGAUAUGUUACAAAAGGAUAACUUGCUCGUCCAGCGGACAUCAAAUAUGGAACACAUGCAGAGGGAGAAUGAAUCCUUGAAGGCACAGAUAGAUUCAUUGAAUAACGAGCUGGAGAUUACAAAAGAAAAACUUCACACUGCAGAGCAGGCUUGGGAACAAAUGACUAAACUGGGGGAUGACAGUGCAGCAGACAAGGCCACAAAAGCAAUAACCAACAGUGAGAUUUUGUCCAUUUCUAAGAAAAUCACAAUGUUGGAAAUGAAGGAAUUAAAUGAAAGACAAAGAGCAGAACAUUCCCAGCGAAUGUAUGAGCAUUUAAGGAAUACUUUAAAGCAAGUAGAAGAACGUAAUUUUGAAUUGGAAACAAAAUUUGCUGAGCUUACUAAAAUCAACCUUGAAGCACAAAAAGUGGAACAAGAAUUAAGAGAUGAACUGUCAAACAGUGUAAAUAAGGCAGUAAGUGAUGCAGAUAGGCGACAAAUCAUGGAUUUAGAGAAGAGUGAGAUGGAACUAAAGAUUGAAGUAUCAAAGUUAAGAGAACUAUCUGAUGUUGCAAAAAUGCAAGUCGGAGCUCUGGAGGCACGACAACAAUGCCGAGAGAAAGAAGUGGAAUCUCUUAGAAUGCAAGUUUUGGAUUAUCAGGCACAGUCGGAUGAAAAAGCAAUUAUUGCCAAACUACAUCAACAUAUCAUUGCGCUUGAAGUUAGUGAAUCCAAUGCUUUAGACAAGUUGGAAACACUUGCACUGAAACUACAGAAAAUGGAGGUCCGUAAUCUGCGUUUAGAGCAGAAGCUUGAUGACAGAGAGCAAGCCUUGUAUUUUGCCCGACUGGAAGGAAGAAAUAGAGCCAAACAUCUACGUCAGACAAUUCAGUCAUUGCGGCGACAGUUUAGCGGUGCUCUGCCUUUAGCACAACAAGAAAAAUUCUCAAGAACCAUGAUUCAGCUGCAGAAUGACAAACUGAAAAUCCUGGAAGAAGUUCAGCAUGCCCAGCAAGAGCGUCGAAAUGCAGAAAACAGAGCACUGGAAAUGGAGUUAAAGCUAAAAGGUCUAGAAGAAUUAAUAAGUGCAUUGAAGGAUACAAGAGGAGCUCAAAAGGUAAUUGAAUGGCAUAUGAAGAUGGAGGAACUCCGUUUGCAGGAACUUAAACUGAAUCGAGAGUUAGUCAAGCAAAAGGAAGAGAUGAAAUAUUUGAAUAAUAUCAUUUCUGAGUAUGAAUGUACAAUCAGUAAUCUGGAAGAAGAAAUUGUACAGCAGAAUAAGUUUCAUGAAGAAAGGCAAAUAUCUUGGGACCAGAGGGAAGUAGAACUGCAGCGCCAGUUAGACAUAUAUGAUCAUCAACAAAAUGAAAUACUUACUACUGUUCUAAAGUUUGAAGAAGCCAUGGAAUCAGUUCCAGACUCUAGUUUGCCCCUUCCACAGCAGCUUGAACUGGCUCUGAGAAAAAAUCAGGAGCACAUUCGAACAAUCUUGGAAAUUAGGUCAAGAUGCAAAUCUCUAGAGGAGAAAUUAGAAGAAAAAGAAACUGCUCUGUGGAAAGCUGAACAAAAUGUUCUAUCAAGAGACAAGGUUAUAAAUGAACUAAGACUCCAAUUACCUGCAACAUCAGAAAGAGACAAUAUAAUAGCUGAGUUGGGCAGCAAAGAAGAUGAUCUAGAGUACCAUCAUGCCAUAAAAAUUGCUCAUCAAACCAUUGCAAAUAUGCAAGCAAGAUUAAAUCAGAAGGAAGAAGUGUUAAAGAAAUAUCAACAUUUGCUUGCUAAAGCAAGAGAGGAACAAGAGGAAGCAGUCAAGAAGCAUGAAGAAGACCUGAGAGUCCUACACCAGAAGUUAGAUUUGCAUACAGAUAAUUCCCUUAAUAAAUUCAAGCUAACUGCUUUGGAGUUAAUGAAAAAGCCUUCUUUGACACUUCCUAGUGACAAACAUUUCCUCCGUUUGGCUGAAAUGGAGAAAACUGUAGCAGCACAGGACAACUCUCUUGCUUCGCUUGUUAUCAAGUUAAAGAAAACAUCAUCUGACUUGGAGAAACAGAAACAAAUUACUUCAAUGAAAGUGAAAGAGUUUGAGAGUAUCAGGGCCCAACUUCAGGAAGAGCAUGCAGUUGAUGUGGAGCACCUGAAGGAUGAAGCAAAUAAAUUGAGGAACAUGUUGUCUCAAGUGGAAAAGGAAUUAGUGAAUGUAAAAGCUGAACUACAGUCCCAAAAAGAAGCAAAUAAUAGAGCACCCACCACAACAAUGAAGAACCUGGUGGAACGGCUAAAGAGCCAAUUAGCCUUAAAAGAGAAGCAGCAAAAAGCUUUGAGUAAAGCACUUCUGGAACUCCGAGCAGAAAUGACUGCUAAUGCUGAGCAUCACAUUAUUUCUGCAGCAUCGCAGAAAGAGGCAUACAUGAAUGUCCAGGAGAUUAUUGAUAGACAAACAAAGGGGCUCACAACACAGAUAGAGGAAUUGAAUGAUCAGGUUACAAAAUUUAGAGAUAACCUUAAAAUAAGUAAAAACAAGGAGAGCUCUUUGUUAAAUGAAGUGGAUGAAUUGAACCAAGAACUUCAGAGGAAACAAAAAGCAUUUACAAAAGUGAUGAGAGAAAAAAAUGAAAUGGAAAAAGAAAAUGAAGAACUACAAAAAAGGAUUAGGAGACUGACCAGUAGUAUUCAGAACAAAACUGAUGAACAAAAUCUGAUAGAUGAACUUCAGAAAAAAGUUAAAAAAUUGGAAAAUGAACUUGAGAAGAAAUGUGAAGAAACUGAAAAGAAAAGUGUAAGAGAAGAUAAGACCUCCAAGGAAGAAAUAAUUAGAUGGGAAGAAGGUAAAAAAUGGCAAAUCAGAUUGGAAGGGAUGAGGAACAAGCUAAAAGAGAAGGAAAAAGAAAUGGAUGCUUUAACAAAACAGUUCAAUACACUGAAGGAACUUCAUACCAAGGCUGAAAAAGACAAAAUUAUUCUACAGAAGAAAUUGAAAACUACUGGUGUUACUGUUGACCGUGUUGUUGGAGCAAGAGCCUCAGAGACUGAAAAAGAACUGGAAGAACUAAGGAAACAGAAUCUUGAUUUAGAAAAUGAAAUUGCUCAUAUGAGAACACAGCAAGCUAUUCCACGAGAUUCUGUUGUAGAAGAGUUACAUUUUAAAAACCAAUACCUUCAGCAAAAGCUUCAUGCAUUGCAACAGCAAAGCUCAGGAGAGACAUAUUCUAGACACUCGACAUCAGGAAUAGGAUCAAAUCAAUAUCGAAGACAGCAAGAAGUUCUAAAGGAAAAUUUGAGACUGUCUUCUGAAAAUGUUGAGCUGAGAUUCCAGCUGGAGCAGGCCAAUAAAGAUUUGCCGAGACUAAAGGACCAAGUGAGUGACUUGAAAGAAAUGUGUGAACUUCUCAAAAAAGAGAAGGCAGAAGUUGAGCGUAAGCUGGGCAAUGUUAGAGGGGCUGGUAGAAGUGGAAAAACAGUCCCUGAACUGGAAAAAACAAUUGGUUUGAUGAAAAAAGUUGUAGAAAGACUCCAAAGAGAAAAUGAAGAUCUGAAAAAAGCUCCAGGUGCUGUUUCCAAUGAGAAGUUACGAAGUCUUGAAAGGGAAAAUGAGAGGCUAAAGUCUGAAGUGGAAAAAAUGAAACUUUAUCUGGAGGGCCACCUAAGUACACGUAAUGAAUCUAAAGCCAAAGGCAUGGAAAAAGCUAUUACUGAAAAUGAGAGACUACGUAAAGAACUGAAAAAGGAAAUUGAUGCUGGAGAAAAGCUACGAAUAGCAAAGAAUAACUUGGAGGUAUUAAAUAAGAAGUUAACUAUGCAGCUGGAGGAAAAUAUUAAGAGGCUAAAUUUGCAGGAGAGCAGAGACCCUCAGGUUGAUGGAGCUGACAACAAAAAAUGGAAAUCACUUGUUGCAACAAGGAUGUAUGAAACUAAGGUGAAGGAACUGGAAACUGCUAUUGCUAAAAAAGACCAAAGCAUUACUAACCUUAAACAGUUGCUUCAAGAGGCAACAGAACGGGAACACAAUGCUGAUAAAUACUUACAAGACUUGAAAGAACAAAUUGAGAUUCUCAAACACUUCCCUGAAGGGGCUGCGACAGAGGAAGGCCUCAUCCAGGAACUUCAACUUUUAAGAUUAACUAAUAAUCAGUUGGAGAAUGAGAAAGCAGAGCUAGCUCACCAGGUGGAAAUUCACAAGCUACGAGUAGACACAAAUACGACUGAAGGCCCUGCAGCUGGGCAUAAUGGAAUCCUAGAUAAGAAUAAAAAUGAUAAGUUAAUGACAGAAGUAGCUGAUCUUCAGACAAAACUGCAUGCCUCAGAUCUGGAAAAAGAGCAGUUAAAGGAAGAAAUAAAAAGACUAAGAAAAGAACUGGACAACUUUGAUCCUUCCUUUUUUGAAGAAAUUGAGGACCUGAAAUAUAACUACAGUGAAGAAGUGAAAAAAAAUAUUAUCUUAGAAGAAAGACUAAAACAGCUUUCUGAGGGUCUUGGUAUUCAUGUGGAUAUUCCAGCCAAUACUUCUGCUGACUAGGCUAUGUUUAAUAAACUCUGUAUCACUACAGAAAAUAAAUUCUGAGUAAUCACAUAAUACUGUUCAUUAUUUAUCUGUUUUUAUCCUGGUAUGCUAAAAGUCCCUCAAAGGUGCAACAGGUGCACAUUCCUAAGGGUGCAAAAUCUAAUUAAGAUAAUAAAUGAAUUGGAGGCAAUAUUUAUCUCUUGUAGUCAAAACAGAAAACUAGUCUUACCCCCUGCACCUUGUGUGAAUGUAGAACAGUAAUUUUGGGCAGAUGCUGUUAUUCAGGAAUGCAGGAAUUCCUUUUAACCUAAAAGAUCAAAUGCACUCAACAAGCUAAGGGUGGUAAACACCACAUCAAUAAUAUGUAAUUUGUUCUUGCUGUCUCCUGCUAGCAUGUAUUUCACAUAAAGACUCAGGGUCACUGUGCAGGUUGUCUCCAGUCAAAGAAGAACGUUGAUUAUUUUCUACCUCUAUUUUGGAAAAAUCCAAGAAUGAAGAUGUAAAAAUAAAUGUGUAAUGUUUCAGCCAAGGUAACUAUUUCUGUAGAUAAAUGUACAGUUGCUUCCAAUUUUUUUUUAGGUUUUUAUAUACUUUGUAUAGCUGGAUGUAUA